AUGGCGACGUACGGCGACGAGCCGGUCGACGGUUACUUCUACUCCUCCUACGGGCCCUACGCGGCCCGGUACCCGCGCGCCAAGGACGCGGCGGCGGGCUGGAAGUACAAGAGCUACCUGUCCCGCUGCGGCGACGCCGCGGACGCGUUCAACAACCAGCAGCGCGCGCAGCUCAAGUCCAUCUUGUCUCAGAUCAACCCCAAACUCACGCCGCGGCUCCGGAAGGCGAACACCAAGGACGUGGCGGUGCAGGUGAACCCGCGGAGGGACGCGCAGGUGCAGUGCUCCCUCGGCCCGCGCACGCUGCUGGCCUGGAAGCGGGACUCCGGGCGCAGGAGGCGGCAGGAGCCCGCCGCGACGCUCGGCGGAGGCGUCAGCCCCAAGGCGGCGGCAGGGGUGCGGUACCCGCGAAACCUCGCGGUGUAUUCACCCAUCGCCUACAGGAGCGUCACCUCCUUCCUGGUCGAGGAAAACGAAAACAACACCGACGAAAACAACAACAGCAACCCCAACAGUAAGGAGGCCUCGUGCGGUGACGCGCAGGCCGGAGAGCCGCCCGCUGACCCGCCGGACGCCGCGGUGAGACGCGCCGGGAAGAGGCGCGGAGGCGACCGGGCCGCUGAGGACGGAAAGACCGCGAAACCCCAGGAGCAGCGCGAGGACCCCGAAAGUAAGCGCGAGGAGGCCGAAGAGCUGCUGCUCGCGGCGGACGGGUCAAAGGGCAAGGCGCGCGUGCGGUUCCAGUUCCUGGAGCAGAAGUAUGGCUACUACCACUGCAGAGAGUGCAACCUGCGAUGGGAGAGCGCCUACGUGUGGUGCGUUCAGGGAACCAACAAGGUUUACUUCAAACAGUUCUGUAGAAAAUGCCAAAAGGACUUCAACCCGUACCGCGUGGAGGACAUCACGUGUCACACGUGCAACAAAGCGCGCUGCUCCUGCGCGGUGACGCAGCGGCACGUGGACCCCAAGCGGCCGCACCGACAGGACCUGUGCGGCCGCUGCCGCGGCAAGCGGCUCUCCUGCGAGAGCACCUUCAGCUUCAAGUACAUCAUCUAGUGCGCAUGCGCGCGGCUCCAACACCACGAACAAAAAACCUAAAUAUUUGAAAACUUUAUUUGAUUCCUGUUUUGUGUUGAUGAAAUUAAGCACCACCCCUUUUUUGCAAUGUAAUAAAUGUACUUUGCACUCGG